AAGUGCCGGGGGAUUUUACCGGACUUGAUUAUAUCAUAGUUUAACUAUAGAUAUCAUACUUUACUAUAGCUAUACAGCACUCUUCGAAGAGUUCUGUAUAUGCAAACAAACUGCUUAUUUGAUCCUAAUGCUAGCUUUUAACAAAUAUUCUUCAUAACAUGUAAUGUAAUGACAGAAAUUUGCUAUUAAUAUGAAUGCUAGGUUGAAAACCUCAUUUUUUAGUAGUAGUGAGAACAUCCAAAACUAUAGGCCGUGUCGACUGACCUCUAGGGGUGUUACGUGCCCCCUCCAUUUGUCUGUGCGCCACUGCAUCCGAGACAUUCAUCAUUUCUAUCACCUCCGAAGAUGUUUCUUUUCCUUCUAAGCACUGGAAGUGUCUCGAAUGCCUGCAGUGAUAGAGCGAUGGAAUGGAGCAAUGGCUGUUUUGGCUAGACUAUGCACGAUAGUGACAAAGAAUGUUAAUCCAUCCUCGGGCAUAAUUUGUGCAAAUCACACUUCACAUUUUUUAGUUGAACAACUUGCAAAUGACUAAUCUCAAAAUGUCUCUAAACUUCUCACUGGACUCACAAAUGGCAAUGCCCUUGUCUUUCAAUGACGCAGUAACAAAGUUUUUUGCUGAGGAAACCAUUCGGAAUUUUUGUUGUGGCCACAUGCCACUUUUGAGGUGGAUACCGUCUCUUUUUUUCAUAAGACCUCCACCACCUUGCAUAUUUAUGCAGAGCUCAUUUGCUUAUUCGGUGUUCCUGAACUUCAUAUUGGUAAUUAGUUUUUACCAUCCUACUUGCCUCGUCAUUAGCUCAAUUGAUAAACUGGCCUCCCAUAAAAGUGGUUGCGGUGCCAUGUUCAGUUCCCAAACCAGAGCAAAUUUCAUUACAACUGCAUGCAAAGGUUUCAUUUUGAGAAAAUUCAAUGGGUCUGUUUUUUCUUUUCCUUUUUUUUUUCCUUGUCAACUGUCCUUGCAUGCUCUCUCACUUGGCAAGCGUCAUAUCACAGUGAAGCCAACCGAUUUGAUAUUCCAGAAGUGUGAUCUAGCAAUCUACAUUGUCACUAUUCUUUGGGGCCCCUUUAAGACCUUGCAUAGUUUCUUAAUGAUUGCUAUUCCUCAUUCCACAACACAUGGAAGUCGGGCUUUCAUCUUUGGAAGGAAAGAAAGAUGUGGAGACUGGUGCCUAGCAGCUGAUUUAGCGACGUUUGGGAACCUGCUUCAGAGUCAUCAGAGCAUCAAUCACUGAACAGUAAAUGUGAAGUGCAACCAGUCUCCUUUUAACCUGUGUGUUACUUGCAGUUUGAAUGAAGGCAGACCUCUGUGGGAAAGACUGCUGGGUGCUCAGUAAGGUACGAGACCGGGCUAGCUGGUAUUCCACAUUGAUACGACCAGCGCAAAAAAAAAAAAAAAACUCAGUUCCUGUCAGAAGUCAUUCAGAGUGUCAGCACGUACUGUAAGUAGAGCCAUCAGGUCAAAAUUGUCGGCAUUCACCUAGAGAUUAGAGCACCUGAGAGUGUGUUUUUGAAUGUGGCAGUUCAAUGCUCAGUUCCCCUUGCAUGAGAAUCAUAAGGAGAGCAGAGGCUGUGGUCAGCAUGUGAGCACAUGCAAGAUCCUUUUACAGAUAAACUCAUUUCGGGCUGUACUUUAACCAUGCAGCAAUCAUUUUUGUGGCUGGUACCUUUUUUUUGAACUGUCUGCACAUCUAAGGAUCCCAUAGCAUUCCUCGAACAGGGGCCUUGCAAUGGCCCUGGGUGUACUGCACUGGAGAAAAAAAGCGGCCCAUAAGAAUGAGUGAUAAUGAUGAUUACUGUGUGGCAAAAGUACAUCCCUGAAGAGCAUAACACACUAAUGCAGUUUGGCUGGUGCACCUGCAUUUUCUGAAUAUGUUGGUACCUGAAAGUACACUGGAUCCUAUGUACCACUAAGAUUUUCUGUUUUGUCAGUGGCACUUUACAUUUGUGAAUAUGUGUUCUGCUCUCUACAGUACUCAUUACUUGUGAGUGCUGAAUCCAUGGCAUUCAGUGUAAUAGACGUGGCCAAUUGUGGCACUGAUUUACCUUGCACUGACUCCACUUCUCUGUGCCUCGAUUUUCCAGGCAUCAAGGCAGAUGCACAACCCAAGGAAUAGAGGAUUUGUCAGAAUAGCUGACGACAACAUUUUAUUCGCAAAUGUCUGCAAGCAAGCACAUACACCAAGUUCACAUGCAGCAGUCACCAGCAGAUGCAUAGUGUCCACUACAAUUAACAGCCGCUCCACUAGACUACUGCAGCACAGUGCUUAUCAGCUCGGUGUUGGCUCAUCUACCACACAAGUAGGGCUGCAUCGCUCCCUCUUUCCAACUAGUGGGAGUGACCUAAGCUACCACGAGGGUGUGCACGGUGACGAACGGUUCACUUGCAGUUACUGCAGAAAAGUCUUCAAGAAGAGGGGAACCCUGACUGUUCACCUGCGCGUCCACACCGGUGAGAAGCCGUUCCAGUGUCACCUGUGCCCCAGGAACUUCACGCAAAGGGCGACUCUCAUGUAUCACAUGCGAACACACACCGGAGAAAAGCCGUAUCAGUGCCGCUAUUGCCCCAGGGCCUUUGCACGAAAGAUGCUGCAGCGGAACCACGAGCGCAGCAAGCAUUUGAAGCAUUUGGCUGCUCACAUCUUCGCCGUGCAUCACCAGCUAGAGCCAUACCCUCUACGAUGCUCGAACGCGGAAAGGUAUCUUGUGCGGCACCCCAUCCACGUCGCAGCUUCCAAAAGGAGAAUAGAUACUCGUCGCCGAAGAGAACGUAUUAGGCAUCGCUCGCACCAGUGCGACUACUGCAACAAGUUAUUCUUCCAAAAGAGCAACUUGGACGAUCACCUGCGUAUCCACACCGGCGAGAAACCGUUCCAGUGUCACCUCUGCCCCAUGAGCUUUACACAAAAAUCGGGCAUGAUACGGCACGCGCAAACGCACACAGGCAUAAAGCCAUUUCAGUGUAGCUUAUGUCCAUUGGCAUUCAGCCGCAAGCCACACCGGCAGAAGCACAUGGAGAAGCAUAGCAAGGUGAUCCUUAUACUGUCCAACCUUGCUGUCUUUCCCUCUUAUUCUCGUGUAGUUCUCUCUCGCCGAAAAUGUGUCAUUUUAAUUUGUGCAGACUCUGUUGCUGUGUGUCGCUCCACUGGGCGACCGCAGUCUCAAGACCGGCACACGGGAAAGCGUCUGCGGCGGUGUCUCGUCUGCGGCUACACCACGCCUUUCCCCACUACCAUGAAGCAUCACCAAAGAAUACACACGGGCGAGCGCCCGCACAAGUGCGACUAUUGCGGCAAAGCCUUCGUGCAGAGGAGCCACUUGGUCGGACAUGUGCGCACUCAUACUGGCGAGAGACCAUUCUACUGCCACCUCUGCCCCAUGGAUUUUGUACUGAAGAAGGGCCUUACGCGCCACUUGAAAACGCACGAAGGCAGGACACCUUUGCCGGAUGGUGUUUACUCUGCUGAGAUGCAAAAGAAGAGGAAAGAAGAGGUAGCUCGUCGUCAUGCUGCUAAGAAGGCUGAAGCUAAGGAGCGUGGGGGGGACCUGGCAGCAUACCUGCAGAAGACAACUGUCACGGCAGGUUUGGCACAUGGGAGGUUAAUGCAUAAAGUACAUUAUAACACCCAAUGUCGCAUGCACUCAACAUUUUCAUUGCAGUACUCCUCGGUUGAAAUCUCAGUGCUUUACGCUCUCACUUUUUUUUACAGAUGCCACAACCAUUCCAUAGGCCAGCAGAAGAAAGACUACAUAAAAGAAGCAAAGCCAACAUUUGCAGGGAUAACUUUGGAUCCUACAACGCUUUGCAGUUCUUCCAAUGGCACCACCAGAUGGCAGCAGCAGCACAGUGCUCAUCAGCAUGUAGACACUUCAUCUGCCAGACAAGCAGGUCCACAUUUCCCGCUCACUGAAACUAGUGGCAGCGACCUGUGCCGCUCCGAAAAUGUCCACAUCAGCGAGUUGUAUGUUUGCAGCUACUGCUGCAAGUCCUUCACAGUGCGUACCAAGCUGACCACCCACCUCCGCAUCCACACCGGUGAGAGACCGUUUCAAUGCCACCUGUGCCCCCAGGCCUUCACGCAGAAGGUGCAUCUCGUGGAUCAUGUGCGGACACAUACGGGGGAGAGACCAUACCAGUGUCGCUAUUGUCCCAAGGCCUUCGUGCGCAAGUUUCAGCGGAAAUACCACGAGCUCAGCAGGCACUUGAAAGGGACCACUGCUCCUUGAAGGGCUUGCCACGCACUGGUGACAUUGGUUGGUGAUGUCUUUGCCAGUCUUCAGUUGCUGUGACAUUGUGAGACGUUGCAGAAGAUAAUGACAAUGUUUGCAUACACUUCAGAAAAAAAAAAGAGAAAAGAAACUGAAACAAAGCUAUUUGAGCAGCACCCCCAAGGCCUGGAAAAAGUCGGCCUGGAUAGUCAUAGGGAACUUGCAUAAAAACUUUGUUGCAGCCAUAUUGAAUUACUAGUGGCACAGUCGUAAGCUGCUUUAAUCCUAUCUGCCUAUCUUUAGAAGUAAUGGUAGAGCUGUGCUGUGAAAUUUUGUGAAAUAUGAAUGUGUGACAGUAAGUACGACUGAUAUUGCACUUUGGUGAUAUCUUUUCACACUGGAUCAAGGCAUUUGUGUAAUAAAAGCUCUCCGGUCAUUACAAA